AACUGGGAAGUACUUAAAAGCAUAUAUAGAAAGUUGUAUACAGUAUUUAGCUCUCUCCCUCUCUCUUCUUCUUCUUCUUCCUCAGGUUUCGGGUUUCUGAUAGGAUCAACGGCGCCCAUUUCAUCUUCUAAAGCUGCUCAGAUAGGAUAUAUUUCAUUCCUUAGCUGCAUUUCAGUAGAGAAAGUUUGGGCAAGAAGAAAAGCUAAGGAGAAGAGAAAAAUGGGGUUUUUUACGUUGUUUGAAGUGGCAUCCAUGCCAAUAUUGCAAGUGUUGAUAAUAAGUGUAUUGGGAGCUGUAAUGGCCACUGACUAUUUCAAGCUUCUUCCUGCUGAUGCUCGAAAAUCCCUUAACAAAAUAGUGUUUGUGGCCUUUACGCCAUCGCUCAUGUUUGCAAACCUGGCAAAAACUGUCACACUGGAAGACAUAAUUUCAUGGUGGUUUAUGCCCAUAAAUAUUGGGUUAACCUUUGUGUUUGGAGGAAUUCUGGGAUGGAUUGCAGUAAAAGUACUGAAACCAAAACCACAUCUAGAAGGCCUCAUCAUUGCCACAUGUUCUUCUGGGAAUUUGGGAAACCUUCUGCUCAUCAUCAUUCCUGCAAUCUGCAAUGAGGAUGGAAGCCCUUUUGGUGAUAAAUCUGUUUGCUCUACUAUUGGAAUGUCAUAUGCCUCCUUCUCCAUGGCGCUUGGAGGUUUCUACAUAUGGACAUAUACUUACCAAUUAGUAAGAAACUCAUCUGUGAAGCUAAAAGCACAGCUAGCCGCAGAAGCUGCAGCAGAGAUAGUGAAGGAGCCAAACAAAGACUUAAAUGCAAAUGAGAAGUCUGGCCUCCUUGAGAAUGAAGCUCAAGAUCAUCUUGCUGUCAGUGUCCUACCACCUGGAAAUGACCUGGAAAAUCCCAAUAAUGGAUCAGUAGAGAAGAAAGAGGGUGGAACAUUGUUGAGCCAUUUUUCUGGGGUUUUGCACACAAUUCUGGAGGAGUUAAUGGCACCUCCAACUGUUGGAGCUAUUUUGGGAUUUCUGUUUGGGGCAGUAACAUGGCUGAGGAACCUAAUAAUUGGUGACAGUGCUCCCCUUAGAGUCAUCCAAGACUCUGUCACAUUAUUAGGGAAUGGAACCAUCCCAUGCAUCACCCUUAUACUAGGUGGCAACCUCACUCAAGGUUUACGCAAGGCUAAGAUCUCGCCAUUAGUGAUCCUAGCAGUUGUGUGCGUGCGGUACAUCUUGAGUCCGCUGGUGGGAAUCGGCAUCGUUAGGGCUGCAUCUAACUUGGGGUUCCUUCCGGCGGAUCCGUUGUUCCAUUUUGUGCUGAUGGUUCAGUUCACUUUGCCGCCGGCCAUGAAUAUUGGGACCAUGACGCAGCUGUUUGAUGUAGCACAAGAGGAGUGUUCGGUGCUUUUCCUGUGGACGUAUUUGGUUGCAACAAUUGCGCUCACUUUAUGGUCAACGGUGUUCAUGUGGAUCUUGUCAUAGCCCACAAUAUAAUGGCUCCAUGCCACAGCCUAUAUGCUAACUAUAUUGAACAUCACCGA